GCUGUAGCUGUUUCAUCGUGGUCCACUGAUCGAUUUCAUCGCCAUUGCCCAGCGAUUUCUCCUACGAAUUCAGAAGAACCGUCUGUUGCUUCGAAUAAAGCUUUCGGGAAAAGCUCGCGACGGCGGCAACUUGCAUCCCGACACAACUUUCUUUCUUCCACAGUGCUGUUUGUUUCUGCUAUGGAAGGUACCGACGCAACUGCUACCACGACCGAACUCGUCGUUGAAGCCUAUUCCGGACUGAAUGACGAAGAAUUCUCGGUGCUCGUUAAGGCAGUCGAAGAGGCGUAUUCCGAGACCGUGGGCCUCGAUUCGGUUUCUUGCGACACGACGAUGGUUUCCAGCAGCGGUUGCGAUAUCGRRRCCGGUGGUCUUUUGGUAGGAUGCUUGGGGAGGGUUCUAUCGGUGCGGACGAAUCUAGACGACGAAAGUGCAGACGACCUGCGAGCCUUGAUUGCAUUUCAAAUGGACCGUCUCAUAUACGAGUCGGGAGACCUGCGACAACCAGUGCUCGUUUCAGUUCAAACUUCUAGCAGUGAAGAGACGGUUACUUCUGGAAAUGAUGGUACAAGUGUCAUCAUUGAGAAUGAAAUCGAACAAUAUGGGUUGCGGAUACCCGUUUAUGGCAACAAGGAUKACAAGAGCCSAAAAGAGACGACAAYWUUGUUUACUCCAAGUCUGAGGAUAGCAAUCGACGGCGCCGAAACACAAGUCGAAGAUUCCGGAGAAAYGUUUUGGGACACUAGCUCGGUAGUUGUCUUUGAUGAUCUGGUCAACAAUGACCUGAGGAGGCGGCUAUUAGAGGUUGUCAAGGGGAAGAAAUYUUCGAGCGAUGAUUGGAACGACGUCGAAAAUGGUCCCGAUCCACACCGGUGGAUUCKAGGGGGRCUGCAAGAYGUCCCUGAUGACGUAAACGAUGGAGAUAGCGAGGAAGGAGAGGUUUCGUCUUGUUGGGGACUACCGGAAGAGGCAAUCGAAGAGAUCUGUUUCAAAGAACACGGAGCGAUACAGGAAUUCGAAUCAAUCCUCACGGAUCUCUUUCCGCAAUUUGUUGUGUCGCGAUUGCCGGAGGCCGUGUACGGCGAAUGCGUAUCUCCCCUUACGGCAAACGCACCCGUUGCAGGGGAGGACGGUCUCUACGAUUAUCACAUCGAUGGAGAUCCAUUGCAGACUCCACCGUCUCCGUGGACCGACGUAUACGGUCGUUAUCCGAACCGAUCCCCGGGGAAACCUCGAUUCGUGAGCUGCCUCGUCUAUCUCAGCGAGGAAUGGGAUGGAUCGAAGUGGGGCGCCCCCACAAAAUUUUAUGAUCCACCCACGKGGGAUGCGUACGAAGUUACACCCUCACCCGGUCGUUGCGUCAUCAUGGACCAAGAUCUAGGCCACACAGUGGUCCCACCCCACGAUGCGGCGGGGAAACGUCCUAGAUACUCCUUGGUAUGGAAACUCAUCUUGCACCCCAAAACAGAGAACCAGGACAUGGACUUGUCACCUCCCYUGUCAGGCAGAAAUCAGUGGCCAGAGCCUGUCUUGUUUGGGAGUGCGGCGACGAGCCAUCCAUAAYUUUCUCKAUGGCCUUGCAGUAUCAUUUUUGAAGCACAGGGAUUCUAUAUCAUASCAAAUGAGAGUCUAAAACCGAAACGCACACAAAAGCAUAGAAUUCUCAAGAACCAAAAUAAUCAAUUGAUUUGCCU